GACCAAUCAUACAAAAAAAAAAAAGUUCAAUCAAGCCAAAUUCAUAUUAAUAUAAGCAAGAACAGCGAGAGAAGAUAUAGAUUCAAGUUGAGGGAAGGAUAAAAAAAAGAGGUGUAUUUUUGGACACCAUAAUCACUUCCCAAUUUAAUUAUAUAGUAUUUUUCAUCAUUCUAAUGGAACAAGAGUACUCCUCUUCAUUUCUCUCAACAAAGAGAUAUGCUGUUGUUACAGGUGGAAACAAGGGGAUCGGGUUUGAAAUAUGCAGACAAUUAGCUUCAAAUGGCAUCAAGGUCGUGUUAACUGCCAGAGAUGAAAAGAGGGGUGUUGAAGCUGUUGAGAAACUGAUCAAAGAAUCAAAUUUCACUAGUGAAGACAACGUCGUUUUUCACAGGCUUGAUGUCGUUGACCCUCACACCAUUGCUUCUUUGGCAGAUUACAUCAAAUCCCACUUCGGGAAGCUUGACAUUUUGAUAAAUAAUGCAGGAAUUGCUGGGGGUACACUUGAUUCUUAUGGUUAUGCACAAGCCACUGAGCUUGCUGGUGGUAAUUGGCCAGAGAACGGCAAUUGGAAUGAGAUAAUGACCCAGAACUAUGAAUCGGCUGAAGAAUGCCUGAAAACAAAUUAUUAUGGAGCCAAAGCAACGAUUGAAGCACUUGUUCCACUCCUCCAAUUGUCUGAUUCACCAAGAAUCGUCAAUGUCUCAUCCUCUCUCGGUCUCUUACAAUACAUACCGAAUGAAUGGGCCAAAAACAUGCUGAGCGAUGUUGAUAAGCUAAGAGAAGAGCGAAUAGAUGAGGUAGUGAGUGAGUUUCUGAAUGAUUUCAAACAAGGUAAGUUAGAAGCCAAGAAAUGGCCUACAGAGAUUUCGGGGUACAAAGUUUCGAAAGCUUCGCUGAACGCGUACACAAGGAUUUUGGCGAAGAAAUACCCUCAAAUGUGCGUUAACUGUGUGUGCCCUGGCUAUGUCAAAACUGAUAUCACUUGCAAUACUGGGCAGUUGGUUGCUGCCGAAGGUGCUGAAAGUCCCGUGAUGCUAGCCUUGUUGCCCCUCGCCAAGCCUUCCGGCUUCUUCUUCUCCAGGAAGCAACUCUCCCCUUUCAGAAGAAAACUUACAUUUUUAUUACAAACCCAAGUUUCAUCAACAAUGUCUGGAGCUUCAGAAAGAUAUGCAAUUGUAACAGGGGCAAAUAAGGGGAUUGGACUAGAGAUAGUGAGACAAUUGGCCUUGAAUGGAGUCAAUGUGGUCUUAACAGCAAGAGAUGAGAAAAGGGGUCUUGAAGCUUUGGAGAAACUCAAAGAGAAAGAGAAAAACCUCUCUCACAAAGUGCUGUUUCACCAGCUCGACGUGGCUGAUCCAGCUAGCAUUGUUGCUAUGGUUGAUUUCAUUAAAACACAUUUCGGCAAACUUGAUAUUUUGGUGAACAAUGCUGGCGUUGGUGGAACAGAAGAAGACAUGCAUGCAAUUGUAGCUUCUUUAAAUGCUAAGACCCCAAAGGAAGGUGAUAUUAAGAAAACUACUCAAACUUAUGAGUCAGCCAAAGAAUGCAUGCAAAUAAACUAUUAUGGUGCUAAAAAAACUGCUGAAGAGCUUAUUCCCCUUCUCCAGUUAUCUGAUUCACCACGAAUUGUUAAUGUUUCUUCUACCAUGGGAAAGCUACAGAAUAUAUCAAAUGACUGGGCUAAAGGUGUUCUUAGUGAUGCUGAGAGUCUCACAGAAGAUAAAAUUGAUGAAGUGAUAAGAGAGUUUCUGAAAGAUUUCAAAGAAGGUUCAUUGGAAACCAAAGGCUGGCCUAGUUUUUUGUCCCCAUAUACUGUCUCAAAAGCAGCCCUUAAUGCCUUCACAAGGGUACUAGCAAAGAAGUACCCCAACUUUAUCAUCAACUGUGUAUGCCCUGGAUUUGUGAAGACAGAGAUAAACUUCAACACCGGUAUUUUACAGCCUGAAGAAGGCGCUGCGAGUCCAGUAAGGUUAGCAUUGCUUCCAAAUGAUGCACCUUCAGGCCUCUUCUUUGAUCGGUCACAGGUUUCGUCUUUUUGAUUGGAGACACUAAAAACAAUGAAAAACAGUGGAACUUUGAUUAUGCUUAUCUAGUUUACUAUUAAUUAGUAAUCAUUGUAUUCUCUAUGUUUAGUUGUAUGUAAAAGAGAACAACAAUUCAAAUGUUUUAUUACAUGUUUCAUUAGAUGUAAUGAGCUUGCAACAGAUUGAUGUUGGAACUUUGCUACAAAUUAAAUUUUAUAUGAGAUAUUAUAAUCAUAUAGCAGAUCAAA